CGUCACGCCGCCACGCCCACUCGCCUGGAUCCUGGAAGAACCUCGGCGCUUAUUCAUUGAAUAGAAACCUGUUUAACGGUGGAGGAAACUUUGUCAGAAAUACGGGUGUGUCCCAGGUCCUGCAGCUCAUCUGCUCUGAAUUACAGUGAUAAAUCGUCACAGGUCUCCACGAGGCUGAAGCUCUGACGAGGUCUACAAGUUUAUCGAGCGGUAGCGUUACAGUGAGUGAGUGAGUGAGUGCGGUUAUACCUGCCGUACCUGAUGCUGCCGUGUGUCUCGGCUCAUUCAGACUGCAGUUCAUCGCUACGUUCUUUCCGAUCCGUCCGUCAUGAAAGCUCUGAUUCUCGUCGGGGGCUACGGCACAAGAUUACGGCCUCUCACGCUCAGCGUGCCCAAGCCACUGGUGGAGUUCUGUAACAAACCCAUCCUGCUCCAUCAGGUGGAAGCCUUAGUCAAGGCGGGAGUCCGUCAUGUCGUCCUGGCCGUCAGCUACAUGUCCGACCUCCUGGAAAGAGAGAUGAAGACACAGGAACAGAGACUCGGAAUAAAAAUCUCCCUUUCCCAUGAGAAGGAACCGCUGGGGACAGCUGGUCCUCUCGCUCUGGCUCGUGAGCUGCUGACGGACAGCGACGAGCCUUUUUUUGUGCUCAACAGUGAUGUGAUCUGUGACUUUCCAUUCGAGGACAUGCUUAAAUUCCACAAGAACCACGGCAAAGAGGGAACCAUUGUCGUAACUAAAGUGGAGGAGCCGUCGAAGUACGGCGUGGUGGUGUACGAGGGCGAGACCGGCCGCAUUCACCGCUUCGUCGAGAAGCCGCAGGUGUUCGUCUCCAACAAGAUCAACGCCGGAAUGUACAUCUUCAGCCCGAGCAUGCUGAGGAGAAUACAGUUGCGACCCACCUCUAUUGAGAAGGAGAUUUUCCCAGUCAUGGCUGAGGAGGGACAGCUUUAUGCCAUGGAGCUUCAAGGGUUCUGGAUGGACAUCGGUCAGCCUAAAGACUUCCUGACCGGCAUGUGUAUGUACCUGCAGUCUGUCCGACAGAACGCUCCCGAGAGGCUCCGCACUGGACCCGGCUUCCUCGGCAACGUUUUAGUGGACCCAACGGCGGUGAUCGGGGAGAACUGCACAAUUGGGCCCAACGUGACCAUCGGCGCCGGGGUGGUGCUGGAGGAUGGCGUGAGGAUCAAACGCUGCACCGUGCUGAAGGGAGCUCAUAUCCGCUCACACUCCUGGCUUGAGUCAUGCAUCGUGGGCUGGAGCUCUUCUGUAGGACAAUGGGUGCGGAUGGAGAAUGUCAGUGUUCUGGGAGAGGACGUGAUCGUCAGCGAUGAGCUCUACAUCAACGGCGCUAACGUUCUGCCCCACAAGUCCAUCACAGACUCUGUGCCCGAGCCUCGCAUCAUCAUGUAGAAAUCAAGCACAUUCUUGUACUUCUCCGUGCCCGAGUGUGUAUCAGGAGAGCGCUAAUGGUGUGAGGCAUGGCUGGGAAUUUUAGCGGGAGGGUUGUAAGUAUUGUAAAAGACGGGCGGUGACGUUCCUGUAUUUAAGUGUCGAGAUGAAGGUUUGUCUAGAAUUUUUCUAGAUCUGCCCUGUGUAUAUGAAAAGAUGAAGGUUGGAUCGAAUGUCACAUUGCCUUAAAAACGAGGAGCCUGUGUCCCUUAUGCAACUUAUUUCUUCAUUUUGUCUUUUUCCUUAGUGAUGAUUUAGGAUGAUAAUAAUAAUAAUAAUAAUAAUAAUAAUAAUAACAGUAGGGUUGUCUGUGCAAAGUGUACAUAUUGUACUCUACAUAUGGUACAUAUUGAGCUGAGUGCAUCUUAGAAGCUUGGAGGUGCCAUAGUAUUCAUUUAAUCCAGAUUAAAGGAAUAUUCCGACAUAUUUCAACCUAAUUACUUGUAGUAUACUGUAUACAGUAUGUGAUUACCACAUUAUAAGAAUCUUGACACAUUGCUCUGUAUUAAAAAAAGAAUGGAAGA